GAAGAGGUAAAAACUUGUUGAAUUAGUUGAACUAAUACGUCCAAAUAACCACCUACAACCACCCCCUUCUCUAUUUACAUACCAAAUCGUAUAUUCACCAUAGCCAUGCCUCCUCAAGAUUUCUCCUUCCCAACUCUCCCUCCCGACCCUCUCUUUUCCGGCAUCGAUUCGCCGCCGCUAUGGCGCUUAUCUCCUUCGGCCUCUCCUGCUCAUAAUUCUCCACGCCACAUCAUCGAAACCAAACAAGAAAAUGAAGACAGUGAUGAUCAACAAGAAGAAGACGAAGAAUUUAAAGAUUGUUUUCCACUGCAUAAAUUGGAUCAAAGAAAGAGCUUUUCUUGGGUAGAGAAACAAAUUUCAAAAUUCAACGACGAGCGCGACGAUGAGAGUGAUGCUAAAGAAGAAAAGAUGGACAUGUUAUGGGAAAAUUUUAACGACGAUAAUUCGUCGUUAAAAAGAAGUGGUAGUACUUCAAGAUUUGAUUAUGUUUAUGAUCGUAAUGAUGAUCACGAUCCAAUGACAAAUACAGGAUGUGUUCAAUCUUUAAGAUUGAGCAAGACUGGUACCAAGAAAUCGGCAGCGCCGGGUUUUGUUGUGUUCAUCAAAAUAUUGAAGAAACUUUUCUUGCUUCAUAAUUCUAAUCAUCAUCGUGUUAUUGUUCAGACUCACCGUUCUCGCAACACAAGACCUGUAACUCGAUCAUGGUGAUCCAUUCUUGGAAAUUAAAUGAUUCAAGAAUAAAUCAAAUCUCGGAUUUUUACAAUUCUUUUUCUCUAUUGUCAUUAUAAAAUUAUCAGAUUCGAACAUUCUGCUGCUCUUGAAAUUUAAAGAAUUGAAAUAAGAACAUGAAAGCUCCAAUCAGGCACUGGCCAAGUAGCAUUUUGCUAUGUAUUUUUGGAUUUUACAUUUUAUAAAAUAGUAUUCCAUUUCAA